CGGGGCGCGGGGCGCGGGUGCGAGCGCAGCGAAGGAACGAGCCGGGCGCGGAGACGGGCCCGGGAGCCCGCGAGAGCACAGCGCCAACUGCCAGCCGGGGAAGAGAGGGCGGGACCGUCCGCCGCCGCCCCGGGACCGUCCGCCGCGCGUGUGCGUCCCAGCCCCGCCGGCCAGCGCAGGAGGCCGCCGUCCGGGCGCAGAGGGCAGCCGGGGGGGGAGGCAUGCCGCCGCUCCUGGCGCCCCUGCUCUGCCUGGCGCUGCUGCCCGCGCUCGCCGCACGAGGCCCGCGAUGCUCCCAGCCGGGUGAGACCUGCCUGAAUGGCGGGAAGUGUGAAGCGGCCAAUGGCACGGAGGCCUGCGUCUGUGGCGGGGCCUUCGUGGGCCCGCGAUGCCAGGACCCCAACCCGUGCCUCAGCACCCCCUGCAAGAACGCCGGGACAUGCCACGUGGUGGACCGCGGAGGCAUGGCAGACUACGCCUGCAGCUGUCCCCUGGGCUUCUCUGGGCCCCUCUGCCUCACGCCCCUGGACAACGCUUGCCUCACCAACCCCUGCCGUAAUGGGGGCACCUGCGACCUGCUCACGCUCACGGAGUACAAGUGCCGCUGCCCGCCCGGCUGGUCAGGGAAAUCAUGCCAGCAGGCUGACCCCUGCGCCUCCAACCCCUGUGCCAACGGUGGCCAGUGCCUGCCCUUCGAGGCCUCCUACAUCUGCCACUGCCCACCCAGCUUCCACGGCCCCACCUGCCGGCAGGAUGUCAACGAGUGCGGCCAGAACCCGGGGCUCUGCCGCCAUGGAGGCACCUGCCACAACGAGGUCGGCUCCUACCGCUGCGUCUGCCGCGCCACCCACACCGGGCCCAACUGCGAGCGGCCCUACGUGCCCUGCAGCCCCUCGCCCUGCCAGAACGGGGGCACCUGCCGCCCCACGGGUGACGUCACCCACGAGUGCGCCUGCCUGCCAGGCUUCACCGGCCAGAACUGCGAGGAAAAUAUCGACGAUUGUCCAGGAAACAACUGCAAGAAUGGGGGCGCCUGUGUGGACGGCGUGAACACCUACAACUGCCGCUGCCCGCCAGAGUGGACAGGUCAGUACUGUACCGAGGACGUGGACGAGUGCCAGCUGAUGCCAAAUGCCUGCCAGAAUGGCGGGACCUGCCACAACACCCACGGUGGCUACAACUGCGUGUGUGUCAACGGCUGGACCGGUGAGGACUGCAGCGAGAACAUCGAUGACUGCGCCAGCGCCGCCUGCUUCCACGGCGCCACCUGCCAUGACCGCGUGGCCUCCUUCUACUGCGAGUGUCCCCACGGCCGCACAGGUCUGCUGUGUCACCUCAAUGAUGCGUGUAUCAGUAACCCCUGCAAUGAGGGCUCCAACUGUGACACCAACCCUGUCAACGGCAAGGCCAUCUGCACCUGCCCCUCGGGGUACACGGGUCCGGCCUGCAGCCAGGACGUGGACGAGUGCUCGCUGGGUGCCAACCCCUGCGAGCACGCGGGCAAGUGCAUCAACACGCUGGGCUCCUUCGAGUGCCAGUGCCUGCAGGGCUACACGGGCCCCCGCUGUGAGAUCGACGUCAACGAGUGUGUCUCGAACCCGUGCCAGAACGACGCCACCUGCCUGGACCAGAUCGGGGAGUUCCAGUGCAUCUGCAUGCCCGGCUACGAGGGUGUGCACUGCGAGGUCAACACGGAUGAGUGCGCCAGCAGCCCCUGCCUGCACAAUGGCCGUUGCCUGGACAAGAUCAAUGAGUUCCAGUGCGAGUGCCCCACGGGCUUCACUGGGCACCUCUGCCAGUAUGACGUGGAUGAGUGUGCCAGCACCCCCUGCAAGAAUGGUGCCAAGUGCCUGGAUGGACCCAACACUUACACCUGCGUGUGCACAGAAGGGUACACGGGGAUGCACUGCGAGGUGGACAUUGAUGAGUGCGACCCCGACCCCUGCCACUACGGCUCCUGCAAGGACGGCGUCGCCACCUUCACCUGCCUCUGCCGCCCGGGUUACACGGGCCACCACUGCGAGACCAACAUCAACGAGUGCUCCAGCCAGCCCUGCCGCCACGGGGGCACCUGCCAGGACCGCGACAACGCCUACCUCUGCUUCUGUCUGAAGGGGACCACAGGACCCAACUGCGAGAUCAACCUGGACGACUGUGCCAGCAGCCCCUGCGACUCGGGCACCUGUCUGGACAAGAUCGACGGCUACGAGUGUGCCUGUGAGCCGGGCUACACAGGGAGCAUGUGCAACAUCAACAUCGAUGAGUGUGCGGGCAACCCCUGCCACAACGGGGGCACCUGCCAGGACGGCAUCAAUGGCUUCACCUGCCGCUGCCCCGAGGGCUACCACGACCCCAUCUGCCUGUCUGAGGUCAAUGAGUGCAACAGCAACCCCUGUGUUCACGGGGCCUGCCGGGACAGCCUCAACGGGUACAAGUGCGACUGUGACCCUGGGUGGAGCGGGACCAACUGUGACAUCAACAAUAAUGAGUGUGAAUCCAACCCUUGUGUCAACGGUGGCACCUGCAAAGACAUGACCAGUGGCUACGUGUGCACCUGCCGGGAGGGCUUCAGCGGUCCCAACUGCCAGACCAACAUCAACGAGUGUGCAUCCAACCCGUGUCUGAACCAGGGCACGUGUAUUGACGACGUUGCGGGGUACAAGUGCAACUGCCUGCUGCCCUACACAGGCGCCACGUGUGAGGUGGUGCUGGCCCCGUGUGCCCCCAGCCCCUGCAGAAACGGUGGGGAGUGCAGGGAAUCCGAGGACUAUGAGAGCUUCUCCUGCGUCUGCCCCACGGGCUGGCAAGGGCAGACCUGUGAGGUCGACAUCAAUGAGUGUGUUGUGAGCCCGUGCCGGCAUGGCGCGUCCUGCCAAAACACCCACGGCGGCUACCGCUGCCACUGCCAGGCCGGCUACAGCGGGCGCAACUGCGAGACUGACAUCGACGACUGCCGGCCCAACCCGUGUCACAACGGCGGCUCCUGCACAGACGGCGUCAACACGGCCUUCUGCGACUGCCUGCCCGGCUUCCAGGGCACUUUCUGUGAGGAGGACAUCAAUGAGUGUGCCAGUGACCCCUGCCGCAACGGGGCCAACUGCACGGACUGCGUGGACAGCUACACGUGCACCUGUCCCGCAGGCUUCAGCGGGAUCCACUGUGAGAACAACACGCCCGACUGCACAGAGAGGUGCGCGGGGCUCGAAAUCGGGUUGGAGGCCCGGCGUUGGACGUACGGCCCUUGGGUGAUGUGCGGUUCUGAGCUACUGGGGAAAUGCCGGGGUGGGCACACGGCUGACCCCAGCCCUGUCCUCCAGAACCUCGUGCACUGGUGUGACUCCUCGCCCUGCAAGAAUGGUGGCAAAUGCUGGCAGACCCACACCCAGUACCGCUGCGAGUGCCCCAGUGGCUGGACCGGCCUUUACUGUGAUGUGCCCAGCGUGUCCUGUGAGGUGGCUGCGCAGCGACAAGGCGUUGAUGUUGCCCAGCUGUGCCAGCAUGGAGGGCUCUGCGUGGAUGCGGGCAACACGCACCACUGCCGUUGCCAGGCAGGCUACACGGGCAGCUACUGUGAGGACCUGGUGGACGAGUGCUCACCCAGCCCCUGCCAGAACGGGGCCACCUGCACAGACUACCUGGGCGGCUACUCCUGCAAGUGCGUGGCCGGCUACCACGGGGUGAACUGCUCUGAGGAGAUUGAUGAGUGCCUGUCCCACCCCUGCCAGAACGGGGGCACCUGCCUUGACCUCCCCAACACCUACAAGUGCUCCUGCCCACGGGGCACACAGGGUGUGCACUGUGAGAUCAACGUGGACGACUGCAACCCCCCUGUUGACCCCGUGUCCCGGAGCCCCAAGUGCUUCAACAACGGCACCUGCGUGGACCAGGUGGGCGGCUACAGCUGUACCUGCCCGCCGGGCUUCGUGGGUGAGCGCUGCGAGGGGGAUGUCAACGAGUGCCUCUCCAAUCCCUGCGACGCCCGUGGCACCCAGAACUGCGUGCAGCGCGUCAACGACUUCCACUGCGAGUGCCGUGCCGGUCACACCGGGCGCCGCUGCGAGUCAGUCAUCAACGGCUGUAAGGGCAAGCCCUGUAAGAAUGGGGGCACCUGUGCCGUGGCCUCCAACACCGCCCGUGGGUUCAUCUGCAAGUGCCCUGCGGGCUUCGAGGGCGCCACGUGUGAGAAUGACGCUCGCACCUGCGGCAGCCUGCGCUGCCUCAACGGUGGCACGUGCAUCUCUGGCCCGCGCAGCCCCACCUGCCUGUGCCUGGGCCCCUUCACGGGCCCUGAGUGCCAGUUCCCGGCCAGCAGCCCCUGCCUGGGCGGCAACCCCUGCUACAACCAGGGGACCUGUGAGCCCACGUCGGAGAGCCCCUUCUACCGUUGCCUGUGCCCCGCCAAAUUCAACGGGCUCUUGUGCCACAUCCUGGACUACAGCUUCGGGGGCGGGGCCGGGCGCGACAUCCCCCCGCCGCAGAUCGAGGAGGCGUGCGAGCUGCCCGAGUGCCAGGAGGACGCGGGCAACAAGGUCUGCAGCCUGCAGUGCAACAACCACGCGUGCGGCUGGGACGGCGGCGACUGCUCCCUCAACUUCAAUGACCCCUGGAAGAACUGCACGCAGUCUCUGCAGUGCUGGAAGUACUUCAGCGACGGCCACUGUGACAGCCAGUGCAACUCGGCCGGCUGCCUCUUCGACGGCUUCGAUUGCCAGCGCGCCGAAGGCCAGUGCAACCCCCUGUACGACCAGUACUGCAAGGACCACUUCAGCGACGGGCACUGCGACCAGGGCUGCAACAGCGCGGAGUGCGAGUGGGACGGGCUGGACUGCGCGGAGCAUGUGCCGGAGAGGCUGGCGGCGGGCACGCUGGUGGUGGUGGUGCUGAUGCCCCCGGAGCAGCUGCGCAACAGCUCCUUCCACUUCCUGCGGGAGCUCAGCCGGGUGCUGCACACCAACGUGGUCUUCAAGCGCGACGCGCACGGCCAGCAGAUGAUCUUCCCGUACUACGGCCGCGAGGAGGAGCUGCGCAAGCACCCCAUCAAGCGUGCCGCCGAGGGCUGGGCCGCCCCCGAGGCCUUGCUGGGCCAGGUGAAGGCCUCGCUGCUCCCUGGUGGCGGCCGCGGUGGGCGGCGGCGGAGGGAGCUGGACCCCAUGGACGUCCGCGGCUCCAUCGUCUACCUGGAGAUUGACAACCGGCAGUGUGUGCAGGCCUCCUCGCAGUGCUUCCAGAGCGCCACCGACGUGGCCGCCUUCCUGGGGGCGCUCGCCUCGCUGGGCAGCCUCAACAUCCCCUACAAGAUCGAGGCCGUGCAGAGUGAGACCGUGGAGCCGCCCCCGCCGGCGCAGCUGCACUUCAUGUACGUGGCGGCGGCCGCCUUUGUGCUCCUGUUCUUCGUGGGCUGCGGGGUGCUGCUGUCCCGCAAGCGCCGGCGGCAGCAUGGCCAACUCUGGUUCCCUGAGGGCUUCAAGGUGUCUGAGGCCAGCAAGAAGAAGCGGCGGGAGCCCCUCGGCGAGGACUCUGUGGGCCUCAAGCCCCUGAAGAAUGCCUCAGAUGGUGCCCUCAUGGACGACAACCAGAAUGAGUGGGGGGAUGAGGACCUGGAGACCAAGAAGUUCCGGUUCGAGGAGCCCGUGGUUCUGCCUGACCUGGACGACCAGACAGACCACCGGCAGUGGACUCAGCAGCACCUGGAUGCCGCUGACCUGCGCAUGUCUGCCAUGGCCCCCACGCCGCCCCAGGGUGAGGUUGACGCCGACUGCAUGGACGUCAAUGUCCGCGGGCCUGACGGCUUCACCCCCCUCAUGAUCGCCUCCUGCAGUGGGGGCGGCCUGGAGACGGGCAACAGCGAGGAGGAGGAGGACGCGCCGGCCGUCAUCUCCGACUUCAUCUACCAGGGCGCCAGCCUGCACAACCAGACCGACCGCACGGGCGAGACCGCCUUGCACCUGGCUGCCCGCUACUCACGCUCUGAUGCCGCCAAGCGCCUGCUGGAGGCCAGCGCAGACGCCAACAUCCAGGACAACAUGGGCCGCACCCCGCUGCACGCAGCUGUGUCUGCCGACGCACAAGGUGUCUUCCAGAUCCUGAUCCGGAACCGAGCCACGGACCUGGAUGCCCGCAUGCACGACGGCACGACGCCGCUGAUCCUGGCUGCCCGCCUGGCUGUGGAGGGCAUGCUGGAGGACCUCAUCAACUCGCACGCCGACGUCAAUGCUGUGGACGACCUGGGCAAGUCUGCCCUGCACUGGGCCGCCGCCGUGAACAACGUGGACGCCGCGGUCGUGCUCCUGAAGAACGGGGCCAAUAAAGACAUGCAGAACAACAAGGAGGAGACACCCCUGUUUCUGGCCGCCCGGGAGGGCAGCUAUGAGACCGCCAAGGUGCUGCUGGACCACUUUGCCAACCGGGACAUCACGGACCAUAUGGAUCGCCUGCCGCGUGACAUCGCACAGGAGCGCAUGCACCACGACAUCGUGAGGCUACUGGACGAGUACAACCUGGUGCGCAGCCCGCAGCUGCACGGAGCCCCACUAGGGGGCACGCCCACCCUGUCACCCCCGCUCUGCUCACCCAACGGCUACCUGGGCAGCCUCAAGCCCGGCGUGCAGGGUAAGAAGGUCCGCAAGCCCAGCAGCAAAGGCCUGGCCUGUGGGAGCAAGGAGGCCAAGGACCUCAAGGCGCGGAGGAAGAAGUCCCAGGACGGCAAGGGCUGCCUGCUGGACAGCUCCGGCAUGCUCUCACCCGUGGACUCCCUGGAGUCGCCCCACGGCUACCUGUCGGACGUGGCCUCGCCGCCACUGCUGCCCUCUCCGUUCCAGCAGUCUCCGUCCGUGCCCCUCAACCACCUGCCCAGUAUGCCCGACACCCACCUGGGCAUCGGGCAUCUGAACGUGGCGGCCAAGCCAGAGAUGGCGGCACUGGGUGGGGGCGGCCGGCUGGCCUUUGAGGCCGGCCCCCCGCGUCUCUCCCACCUGCCCGUGGCCUCCGGCACCAGCACGGUCCUGGGCUGCAGCAGCGGAGGAGCCAUGAAUUUCACCGUGGGCGGGUCCACCAGUUUGAAUGGUCAGUGCGAGUGGCUGUCCCGGCUGCAGAGCGGCAUGGUGCCGAACCAAUACAACCCUCUGCGGGGGAGCGUGGCACCAGGCCCCCUGAGCACGCAGGCCCCCUCCCUGCAGCAUGGCAUGGUGGGCCCGCUGCACAGUAGCCUUGCUGCCAGCGCCCUGUCCCAGAUGAUGAGCUACCAGGGCCUGCCCAGCACCCGGCUGGCCACCCAGCCUCACCUGGUGCAGACCCAGCAGGUGCAGCCGCAAAACUUACAGAUGCAGCAGCAGAACCUGCAGCCACCAAACAUCCAGCAGCAGCCAAACCUGCAGCCACCACCGCCACCGCCACAGCCGCACCUUGGCGUGAGCUCAGCAGCCAGCGGCCACCUGGGCCGGAGUUUCCUGGGCGGAGAGCCGAGCCAGGCAGACGUGCAGCCACUGGGCCCCAGCAGCCUGGCAGUGCACACCAUUCUGCCCCAGGAGAGCCCCGCUCUGCCCACGUCGCUGCCGUCCUCGCUGGUCCCACCCGUGACCGCGGCCCAGUUCCUGACGCCCCCCUCACAGCACAGCUACUCCUCCUCGCCUGUGGACAACACCCCCAGCCACCAACUGCAGGUGCCUGAGCACCCCUUCCUGACCCCGUCCCCCGAGUCCCCUGACCAGUGGUCCAGCUCGUCCCCACAUUCCAACGUCUCCGACUGGUCCGAGGGCGUCUCCAGCCCGCCCACCAGCAUGCAGUCCCAGAUCGCCCGCAUUCCGGAGGCCUUCAAGUAAACAGCGCGCCCCACGGGACCCCGGCUUCCUUUCCCAAGCCCUGCGGGCGUCUGUACGCGAUCUGUGGACGCCGGGGCCGACCAAAGGAGCCUUUUUUAAAAACGCAUGUUUUUAUACAAAAUAAGAACAAGGAUUUUAAUUUUUUUUUAGUAUUUAUUUAUGUACUUUUAUUUUACACGAAACACUGCCUUUUUAUUUAUAUGUACUGUUUCAUCUGGCUCCAGGUAGAAACUUUUAUCUGUUACAAGAAAACAAGCAAGUUCUGAGAACCAGGGUUUUCCUACCCAGGAUGAAAAGAUUCUUCUAUGUUUAUAAAAUAUAAACAAAGAUUCAUGAUUUAUAAAUGCCA